CCUCAGGGACACGCAGAUGGAUAGAUAGAUAUAGAGAGAGAGAGAGGAGGAGGGUCGAGAAAAGUCUGAGGGAAGUCAGAGAGAGCGGGAGAGAGAGAGAGCGGUUCUUGUAAGUAUAUUAUAUUUCUCUGCUUGUCUUGUUCGAGAGGUAGUUUCUGAGAUCCGGCGCUGCUACAGUUAGAAAGAAGAACGAGGAGAUAUGGCUUGAGAUCUCGAUAGCUCUCUGUUUCUUUUCUGCUCCUUUUCUCCUUCGGUUUCUACUUGCUUCUUUAAGAGGCGGUGUUGAUGGAGUUGAUGAGAGAGAGGAGGAGAGGUGGAUCCUUCUCAAAGUCGGCUCUUUUAUGCUGGGUUUUCAUCUGCCUCUUCUCUGCCUGCGCUUUGAUCGCCAGCACCAACAGCAGGACUGCUCAUUUAGGCGAGGAAGCAGAGAUUAGAAGCUCAAGAACGGAUUCUUCUACUCAGGGAGGAUUGGUGCGGUGGCGGGAGCUGAGCGGGGGCCCGGGGUCGUACCCGCCGCGGUGUACGUCCAAGUGCGGUUCGUGCACGCCGUGCACCCCGGUGCACGUGCCGGUGCCGCCGGGCACGCCCGAGAUCACCGAGUACUACCCGGAGGCCUGGCGUUGCAAAUGCGGCGACAAGCUCUACAUGCCCUGAGCUCUUCUGCAUGCCCUUGUCCUCAUCAUCAUCAUCAUCAUCAUCAUCAUCCAGAAAGAUUGUUAUGUUGUAUUAUUAGUUCUCAUGUUAAUUGAGAGCUCUCAUGUAGCAAUAGCAUAGAGUUUAUUGAUGUCCACAUGUGUAUGUACCAUGAGGUGGAAAUGAAGUGGUGUGAAAUAGUGAAGAGCAAUGGGAGGAGGGAGGCAUAAAUUUUUCUUACGAGUGUAUAGGCUUUUGACUAUUGAAGUAGGGGGAAUUUUUUCA